AUGAACAGAUUACAGAAACAAGUCAAAGCUGUUCCACAAAGAUAUAAAAUGGAAAUUUAUGCUUUAAAAUAUAGAUUAAUUAAAGCUCGAAUAAACAGAAAAAAAAAAGAACAUUUUCGAAAACCUCUUCGUGUUUCUAAUAGUAUAGCUUUUAUAUUUGAUCAUGUCUUUUUACCAGAAUUUAAUCAAGAUCUUUAUCGUGAAUGUAUUUACGACAAGAUUCAAGGAUAUUUUCAAGGUUAUAUUGCGUUUAUACUUGUUUAUGGUCAAAAUGGUUCUAGAAAAACGUUUAUAAUAGGUAGUAAACUUGAAUAUAUGGAUCCGUCUAAAGAAGGUAUUAUACCUCGUACUAUUAUGCAUUUAUUUCAACGAUAUAGAAGUAAUGAAUGUGAAACAGAAUCCAUAGAAAUUAGUCUACCAAAAUGUAUAGUUUCAUGUCAAUUUAUUGAAACACUUGAUUGCUUGAAAGAAGGUGCUCUUAAUCGAACAACAGCAUCAACACUUAUGAACAGUGUAUCAAGUCGAUCACAUACCAUAUUUACUGUAAAUUUACAAUUUGAACGUGCUAUUCAAUCAGUAUCUACACCAAAUCCAAAUUUGUGGGAACAAAUUCAUGCUAAAAUACAUUUUGCUGAUUUAACUGGCUCAGAAAGUUUACAAUGA